UUGUAGUUCAGAUUAUUUGUUUAUCAUUACGAAUGAUAUUGUUUUUCUUUACACAAGUGUAAAUAUGAACUAGGCCUAGUUUGGUCGUCAUCAAUAUGAAUUUUUUACAAUGAGAGUACCUUAGAUUACACUAUACUUUGUAGUCUAGUGUAUCUGAUGUGGAAACGAGUUCAUUUUGAGCUUCUUCAUUGCCGAAUCUUUUUCAAUCUCUCCAGAUGGACAUGACUCCAGACUCUAGGAGGUAGAUAUGAAUAAAACAUGACAGACAAAGAAAAGAGAGUGAAUAAAGUACCAGGAAUGAUUCCAGUUUAUUGUUUAUUGUUCACAGACAUGUCAACUGGUUUAUCUUUGAGUAUUAUCACUCUCCUAGCUGUGACAUGCUUCUAUAAAUGUGUUGGAGGCGGUUUUGUGUUUGACGACAUGGAGGCAGUGGUUAACAAUGAUGAUAUCAAGUUGUCCACUUCAAUAUCUACCAUAUUAGAUAAUGACUUCUGGGGUACACGGAUCACCCAUAAUGCUAGCCACAAGUCUUAUCGACCUCUUACCAUUCUUUCAUAUAGAUUAAAUCUAAUGGCAGCAGGAGGAGAACUAAAGGCAUCACAGUUCCAUCUGGUUAACCUCGUAUUGUAUAUUUUGGUGUGUUGCCUCUCAUUGUUUGUGACCAGGGCUUUGAGUGGGGGAGAGUCAAGCCAUAGUGUCUCUUUCAUUACUGCCGUUCUCUUUACUGUACAUCCAGUUCACACUGAAGCUGUGGUUCCAGUGGUGGGCAGAGCUGACCUUCUCUGUGCACUGUUCAUGUUCUGUGCCUUCUUGGUUUACUGUCAAGCCUUGGAGAGCAAGACAAGAAUAUUAGUACAUGUAUUCUUACUCUCUCUCACUGUCCUAUUGGCAACAGCCUCCAUGUUUGCCAAAGAGCAAGGCAUCACCAUAUUGGCAAUAUGCAGUGCUUAUGACUUUUUGAUCUCUGAGAAGAAACAUCCAAGACAUUUAUUAAAAUUUUCAAUGACUUGGUCAAAGUUUCAAGAUACAGGCCUAAUUGUUCGGCAGAUCAUACUGUUGUCUACAACUUGUGCUCUGUUUUUGUUGCGUUGGUGGAUCAUGGGAGGAACAGUACCAGUUUUCCAAAAAGUGGACAAUCCAGCUUCAUUUUUGGACAGCAUGCUUCUAAGGGCUGUAAACUACAUGUACAUAUAUGCUUUAAAUGUGUGGUUACUGUUGUGUCCUGAGUGGUUGUGUUUUGACUGGUCCAUGGGAUGUGUUCCACUGAUUCUCAUGUUACACGAUUCACGGGUUCUCAUUGUUAUCAUAUUCUUCACAAUGUUUUGCCUUCUGAUGUUUUCAUUGUUGAAAAAUACUAGUCAAGAGGCUAGGAAGUUGCUGAUGGCACUUAGCUUCAUGAUUUUUUCUUUUUUGCCUGCCUCUAACCUGUUUUUCCGUGUGGGGUUUGUGAUAGCUGAGCGAAAUCUGUUUGUCCCAUCUUUGGGGUUUUGUUUGAUCAUUGCUCUUGGAAUACGGAAACUCUCUGGUAUGAAGAUUUGGCAGCUGAUUGUUUCCUCUUGUCUGGCAUUACUUGUGUUAGUGUUCUGUGUGCGCUCAUACUUGCGCACAGUGCAGUGGGCCAAUGAACGUGACCUCUUCCAAUCUGCUAUUGCGGUUUGUCCACUGAAUGCCAAAGUACACUACAAUCUGGCAAAAACAUCACCUAACAUUACCGAGGCAUUGGAGCACUACAAGGAUGCUUUAAGGCUGAAUCCAGACUAUGAUCAAGCAAUGAACAAUCUCGCAAACAUUUUAAAAGAUCUGGGUGAGCUUUCAGAGGCACAGAGGUUACUGAAAAGAGCUCUCCAAUUAAGGCCUGACUUUGCAGCCGCUUGGAUGAAUCUUGGAAUUGUCUUGUCCAAUCAAAAGCAGUUCAUAGAAGCAGAGCAGUGUUAUUGGAAAGCAAUUAACUACAGAAGAAAAUACCCAGAUUGUUUCUAUAAUCUGGGAAAUUUGUAUUUGGAGCAGAAGAAACACUCAAAAGCUUACGAGAGUUGGCGGCAAGCUACGAAGCUCAAUCCCAGACACCACGCUGCAUGGAACAAUCUCAUUAUCAUGUUAGACUCCAUCGGCAGGCACUCAGAAGCCAGCUCAGUAGGACAAGAAGCACUUACUCAUUUGCCAAACUCUUCAGCAAUCCACUUCAACAUCGCCAAUUCCCUUGGGAAGACCAGUAAUUUCGCAGAAGCUGAAAGAUAUUUCAAAGCAGCUAUUGAACUCAACCCAAAGUACCCCCUAUACUACGUUAAUUUAGGAGUUUUGUAUCACCAUUGGAAGAAAUUUGGCCUGGCCAAGGAAAUGUAUCUCCAAGCUCUGAAAUUGGAGCCUAACAUGAAGAGUGCCAGGGAUAACCUCCAGCUUCUAAUUUAAAAUGUGAUAUUUCAUUUCAAAAUGUAAUAUACUUCAUUCAGAAAAAUGUUGCCUGUGUAGUGUACUUUCAUUUCAAAUGUAUAAUAAAGUGUGUAUUUAUAUAAAUUUGAUCAACUGUAAAAGGCUCUCUUGGAAAUAUUAACAUACUAUUUUAAGAGGAUUUCUAAGAUAAAUAAACAUUUGUAUUAACACAUGAA